GAGUCUGUAGGAGCGAUCUCUGCUUUCCUAUUGGAACAAAUGAAGUACUUUCUCUGGCUCUUUUGGCCCUUCACGGCUCAUUCGGACUAGAUAUUCCAACGUAAGAGUGCAUUUUAAAAAGUUUAUUACACGCGUUUCGAUUACCUUUACUUCGGUUGCAAUCAAAAUAUUAAUCCUAGAAUUUGCUACCCCAAAAACAACGCAGCUGAAAACAGGAGAGUUUUAAUGAAAUGUUCAAGUGUUGUGCUAUUCUAAAAAUUGUGUGUACAUUAGUAUUACUUUCGCAAUUGCGAGAAAGCCAGCAUCACGCCGGGAAAGAAUCCAUCCCCGCAACGUCUCUUUUCGGAUCGCUCCACGACCCCCCGCGUAUGGAUUUCUUUCGGAUUUGCACAGUCUAACAUGGAUGCCCCGCCGUUCCUUGAAUCGGAAGGCUGUUUCUUGGCGCAGUGAGAGAGGGGACAUGCAGGGAUUGCUAAUGGAUUUGGGAAGCAUAUGCCCUCAUCUCUAAGUGACCAUGCCGUGAUCCUGCGCCUGGGCCGUAACCCUGCUUAACGUCAACAGAAGAAUUUCGGGGAAUCUAACGAUACGAGGAAUGAACACUGUGCAUUAUACAAACACCAUGAAGAUUACCUCCCCAUUGAUAACUAAUGUGAGCUUCAGGUGCACCGUUAGGUUUUCUCUGCUGCUAUUACUAUGUGUGGGAUAUUCUCGGGGGAUGCCGCAUGUUUUAAGAUUUGGCGGAAUCUUCGAAUCUAUCGAAAGUGGCCCAUCAGGAGCAGAAGAACUGGCCUUCAAAUUUGCUUUAAACACAAUCAACAGAAACAGAACUCUACUGCCAAACACAACUCUGACAUAUGACAUCCAAAGGAUUAACAUUUAUGACAGUUUUGAAGCUUCAAGAAAAGCCUGUGACCAGCUGUCCCUGGGGGUGGCGGCCAUCUUUGGCCCCUCCCACAGCUCCUCGGCCAAUGCCGUCCAAUCCAUCUGCAACGCGCUGGGCGUGCCCCACAUCCAGACCAAAUGGAAGCACCAGGUCUCUGACAACAGGGACUCCUUCUACGUCAGCCUCUACCCAGAUUUCUCCUCCCUCAGCCGGGCUAUUCUAGACCUGGUCCAUUUCUUCAAGUGGAAGACGGUCACCAUUGUCUAUGACGACAGCACAGGUCUCAUUCGGUUGCAAGAGCUUAUAAAAGCCCCGUCUCGCUACAACAUUCGGCUGAAGAUACGACAGUUGCCGGCAGAGACGAAGGACGCCAAGCCGCUGCUGAAGGAGAUGAAGAGAGGGAAAGAGUUCCACGUUAUCUUUGACUGUGGGCAUGAAAUGGCAGCUGGGAUCCUUAAGCAGGCGCUAGCCAUGGGUAUGAUGACGGAGUAUUACCACUACAUCUUUACAACGCUGGAUCUUUUUGCCCUGGAUGUGGAACCGUACCGCUACAGCGGGGUGAACAUGACCGGCUUCCGGAUCCUCAACACCGAGAACACGCAAGUGUCCUCCAUCAUCGAGAAGUGGUCCAUGGAGAGGCUUCAGGCCCCCCCGAAACCCGACUCGGGCCUGCUGGACGGGUUCAUGACGACAGAUGCGGCGCUCAUGUAUGACGCCGUCCACGUUGUCGCCGUGGCAGUCCAGCAGUCCCAGCAGAUCACGGUCAGCUCCCUGCAGUGCAACCGCCACAAGCCUUGGCGUUUCGGCAAUCGCUUCAUGGCGCUGAUCAAGGAGGCCCACUGGGAAGGCUUGACAGGACGGAUAACUUUCAACAAAACCAACGGCCUGAGGACCGAUUUUGACUUGGACGUGAUCAGCCUGAAAGAGGAGGGACUUGAGAAGAUUGGAACGUGGGACCCACCGAGUGGCCUGAACAUGACUGAGAACCAGAAGGGCAAGUCAACCAACGUCACCGAUUCCUUAUCCAACAGGUCACUGGUCGUCUCCACCAUUCUGGAGGAGCCCUAUGUCAUGUUCAAGAAGUCAGACAAGCCUCUGUAUGGCAACGAUCGCUUUGAGGGCUACUGCAUUGACCUCCUGCGUGAGCUCGCUAACAUACUGGGCUUCAGCUACGAGGUGCGCCUGGUUGAGGAUGGCAAGUAUGGCGCACAGGAGGAAACGACUGGUCAGUGGAACGGCAUCGUCAAGGAGCUCAUGGACCACAAAGCUGACCUUGCAGUGGCUCCUUUGGCUAUUACCUACGUGAGGGAGAAGGUCAUCGACUUCUCCAAACCCUUCAUGACACUGGGGAUAAGUAUUUUGUACCGGAAGCCCAAUGGUACAAACCCCGGAGUUUUCUCCUUCCUCAACCCGCUCUCGCCUGAUAUCUGGAUGUAUAUUCUGCUGGCUUACUUGGGUGUCAGUUGUGUGCUGUUUGUCAUAGCCAGGUUUAGUCCCUAUGAGUGGUAUAACCCUCAUCCCUGCAACCCAGACUCUGACGUGGUGGAAAACAAUUUCACGUUGCUAAAUAGUUUCUGGUUCGGAGUUGGAGCUCUCAUGCAGCAAGGUUCAGAGCUGAUGCCCAAAGCCCUCUCCACCAGGAUAGUGGGGGGCAUCUGGUGGUUUUUCACUCUCAUCAUCAUUUCUUCCUACACCGCUAACCUCGCAGCCUUCCUCACCGUGGAGCGAAUGGAGUCGCCCAUCGACUCCGCCGACGACCUCGCUAAGCAGACCAAGAUCGAGUAUGGCGUGGUAGAAGAUGGCUCCACCAUGACCUUCUUUAAGAAAACCAAGAUCUCAACCUACGACAAAAUGUGGGAGUUCAUGAGCAGUCGCAGGCACUCAGUGAUGGUGAAGAACGUCGAGGAGGGGAUCCAGCGAGUGCUCACCUCUGACUACGCCUUCCUCAUGGAGUCCACCACCAUCGAGUUCGUCACGCAGCGCAACUGCAACCUGACUCAGAUUGGCGGUCUCAUCGACUCCAAGGCCUACGGGGUGGGCACGCCCAUGGGCUCUCCGUACCGGGACAAGAUCACCAUCGCCAUCCUGCAGCUGCAGGAGGAGGGGAAGCUGCACAUGAUGAAGGAGAAGUGGUGGCGAGGCAAUGGCUGCCCAGAGGAGGAGAGCAAGGAGGCCAGUGCCCUGGGCGUGCAGAACAUCGGUGGCAUCUUCAUCGUGCUGGCCGCCGGCCUCGUCCUCUCUGUGUUUGUGGCUGUCGGCGAGUUCUUGUAUAAGUCCAAACAAAAUGCACAACUCGAAAAGGGGGUCUGAUCACGGGACGCCUGAGGCGUGAGGCAGGGUACACCAGGGACACCAGUCCGUCGGAGGACACUUACACACAGUCCUGCAUUAUAAGCAAUUUAGAGACACCCGAAAGGCAUGUUUUUGAACUGCAGGAUGAAACCUGUGUAAACAAAGGGAACUGGGGCUUGGAAUGAACCCACAACCCUGGGACACUGGACACUGUUGUACCUGCUGAAUGACCACGCCUCUCAUGCCAUGUGCAAAAAGCAAAGGAACAAUACUGUCGUCAAAGCAACAGAUCUUAAAAUACAUUCCCACUCGCGUAUUACUCAUAAUUCAGCAGUAAAAACUCUCAUUAUUCAUCACUUUAUUAAAAACGUUUGUUUACCACAUUCUUUCACGUGCUUUAAAAAAAAGCUUUAGCUUUCAUUUUCAGUUUCCGCUGUCCUCCCGAUCUCCUUCCCAGCAAUGGGUCUGUAUCAACAUUAGCCAUGUAAAUCUUGAUCAUUCAUCACCACUUAGCCUGCCUCUUCAGGGGACGGCUUUAAAAGCCUUUCCUACACCCUUUAUCGAUUGGAAACGGUGUUUUUGUUUGUUGAACCAUCAACCAUGUAUUGAUAUUUUCAACGCGUUCUGCUGUGAGGUAUUGUUCUACGAUAAGUCCUUUGUUAUUGACCCUCUCAGAAAUAUAGUCCCUCGGUGAAUAAUUGUGGGGGUCCUCAUUUCUUUUUUAAAGGAACGUGAGGAAUGAAGCCCUAGUGAAACUCAGCAAGCAGUGAUAGCAGGCCUGGCCCACUCUCUGUUAAAUACGCCAGACGCUCAGAAACUGAUCGUGGCAGCGCGGAUCUUACAGUGGUUCGCAAACUAAUGUGGCACUAAGAGGACAUGUUACGCUGACUUUCAGAUCUCCAAAUCUGGGGGUAUAAGACGUCCCUUUAAUGUCUGCAUAAAAUUUUAUAUGUGAAAAUGAAGGGAGAAUAGCUAAUUGCGUAUAUUUAAUGUUGUGAGCAAUAAAUCUCAGAAUGCAAGAAGUGUUUAUUAAUUCCGUAGGUGGUGUUUUGAUGAAAAUUUGUGUUUAUUUUCACCUCAGACUGUAUUACAAGUAACUUUCAUUUUACAGUGCUUGACACAUAGUUGUUGAAUAUUUUAAUAAAAGACUGAAAACUUGUAGGAUGGCGUUUUUGAGAUUCGCUGUUUGAUCAUUCAGCCUGUGAGUUUUAGCUAAUUCAGAGUCAUUGUUCCCAGGUUGCUCUCACGCCUCCACACAGUCUCAUGACCACACGCUUCGCUUGGCAUGACACCCCUUCUAUCCACUUGGCUCAUAUAUGCACAUUCCAGCUCUCAAACAUGCCACCAUGCCCAGAUACGUACACACAGGCAUUGAUUCACAGCCUGACAGACAUUUUACAUGAGUUUAUACAGACACACUAUACUUGUUUAAGAUAAUAAAUUUGCUAUUGAUCAUUUGUAGCUACUCAAGUGUUUUAAAUGGUUUUCAUUGGUAUGGUUAUGAAAAUAUUGCAAACUUAUGUAUUCAUUUAAAGGAUCUGUAAAGUGUACUCAGAACAAAUCAAAGGCAGACUGCUUUGUUUAUCCAAGGUUUCUUUUAUUAUUAUCAUCAUUCUUUUAUUAUUUUAAUUAUUGAUACACAUUUUUGUUAUUCUUGGUUUCAUCAAAAAUUCUCUUUAAUGAAAUGAGAAUGGAGAUGUUUCUUUUGUGUUUUUAUCUAUGGAAACAAGCCUCAUCACAAUAAAAAGUUUACAUGCAGUACCUAUGUUCUCUAUUCUGCACAUACUACAAUUAUAGCAAUGAAAUACCCCCCCCCCC